CUUCAUACUAGACCAAUAGCGCUGGCCAGUGUAUCAUGUGGCCGUCAAUUACAAUACAUCCUUUGAGAGGAACUUGAUGACAAGAAAUAAGUCUAGUCCUGCUAUUUGUUCAAAGUCACAUACAGUCAGAAAAGCAGACAUUCUUUCAGGCACAACUGCUCAGCCUGCAGCCAUCCUGCGAGCGACCUACCAAUGAGCAUUGGGAUCUCUGGUUGCCUGUUCCCAUGGACCCAGACUUCCAUGGCCAGCAUGACUCAAAAUGGAGCCUCGCGCAAUUGUGUGUUGGUAGAUUAGGUGGUACAUUGAAGAGUAUAAAGAAGAUCAGACUUGCUCAUCCCUUGUUCAACUUGAAUUAUUAUAUCUACUUUUCUUACAACUUAUCCAUGUAGAACCAGUUCGAUAUUCGAUAUACGCCAUCUCAUCCGUCGGGUUUCAGAUCGACACUGCCAUUACAAUCAUGGCAUGUUCUCUUCUCACUCGCGCCUUCUCGCGCAGGCGUCAUCAAGUGACUGCCCCGCCAACGCCAGCAGCGAGCCUCACUCGCUCCUGCACCAUUAACUACACCACCAACGACCUCGACUUUUGCACCGCACCAUCAAUUUCCCUUCUUCUUGGACCACGCCGCCAUUCCUUUGACCAGCUUGAUCCGUCCUUGUUGCAAGACCCUCUCCCUGGCUUGCCAGAGCCUCACCUAACCUCCAGCCUCGGCAACAACCCUCCAUCACCGACCAUUUCGACUUCUGGGCCGAUUAUCCCUUUACCCCUCAAUACAGAAGACAGGGAGAUCGUCACUGAAAUGGACGUAUCGACCGUCGCUCCUGAACCUAUUUCCCAGUCCUUCACAGCUUCCAGCCUCGACGAAACGAAACCUACAUCCAAACCCAUCAAGUGCGGCGUUUGCCUGGAGGAGGUUGUCGCCAACUACACCACCCCAUGUCGACAUUGUCGUUCCGCCAGAUGUCAUACUUGUCUCCGCAAUCAAUUCUCCGCUGCCCUUCGGGACACGACUCUUUUCCCCGUGACCUGUUGUGGGUCGUCCUGGCAUUUUGACGUUGCACGAGGACUAGUGCCCGAAGCUGAUCUCAACAAGUACAUGUCCAGAUUUGAAGAGAAAUCCAAUCCUCACCCCCUCUACUGCCCAGUCGCAACUUGCUCUGCUUUCAUCUCCAAACGUCUGAUCUCGGAGAACAGUGACACUGUCAAAUGUCCGACUUGCGCACGGAGUGUUUGUGUCAAGUGCAAGCAGCUGAGCGAUGCAGAUGCUGAUGCCAAUGGCGCGCAUGCUUGCCAAACAUCCGACCCACUUCUCGCAAUGCUGAAGAAAUUCAAGUAUAAAGUGUGUCCCAAAUGUGGCAUUGCUGUGGCCAGGAUGUAUGGCUGUUCACACAUCAAAUGCCAUUGUGGUGCUCAUUGGUGUUGGGACUGUCGCCGAUCUAUCGUCGAGUGCAGCGAGGCUUGUCAGGUCGAAGGAGGUGAUGUCGACGGGGAUCAGGCUGACUAUCGAGACGAGGAUGUUCCAAUGCAGAGUGUCGAAGAGACAGAACCAGAUGCUUCAGCCCGGACUCCAGAGACGCUUGACGAGACCCCUCAACCAGUCGUUGAGGAACAUCCUACGCAAACUACACCGGUCGCUGCGACGGAGCAGCCGGCACCAGCAGAAACUCAGCAGUCGGCAUCUCCUGAAAUUCAGAUGGACUCAUUCGCCAACCUUGACCACCCAGGUGCGAGAAGAUGGGAGUUAGCUGGUGAAGAUUUUGGGGCAGAGCCUAGCGAGGGCUGGGCUGAUUCGUGGGGAUGUGCCCAUAAUUCCUUUGGAAGAUUCACCCGCGAAAAAAUGCCCCCGCUUUGGCUUUAUAAUGUUCCACACGAUCAGCCCGAAAUCAUAGUUCGAUGCAUGGCUUGUUUCAAGGACAUGAAGAUUGCCCAGUCUGCAUAUUUGGCCGACGGCGAAGAUCAAGCUCCGUUGGAAGAUGCGGAAGAUGCAAAAGAAGUGCUGUACCAGUGUGACGAAUGUCUGGUGUUCUAUUGCUGGGAUUGCUUCAGGCCGGAAUGAGCAUGGAGCUUGUGAAUGUGACUCUUGAAGCACGGAGUUGGUGGCGCACAUGACCUUUGGGUGAAAGGAAAGCAUACGACAAAGAUGAGACGAAAUGACGAAUGCAUCAUGGUUUGGCUUCAGCAGGCGGGUGGGACUGCAAGUUAUCAUUUCCUCGGCUUUUAAUGAUUGAAGGGUGGCCACAUUGUAGCCAUUUCCGAAUCAUAUUAGCUUCAAGCCAAUGCCUUGUUAAUCAAUGCCCAGAAAGUCGAAUCGCUCA